AUGACUGAAUUUUUUAAGCAAAUCCAACGAACUCGACAUCCUCGGAUGACUGGCGCAACUCAGUCUUUCUAUCUAUAUUUACCCCUUUUUGUCCUGUGUAAAUAUUUAAAGUCUGUUCUUUUCCUUUCUUUCUGUGCGAAUUUCAUAUCCUUUCGUUGUUUACUUAAUAACUUCUCUUUCUCCCUAUUUCUUUCUUUCUAUUUGUCUUCCCUUUCACUCCCUUUAAAUCAUUUCUCUCUCACACACACACUCUUCAUCCCUACCUCCCGCUUUAUUUCUUUGAUUACCAUCCACUUCACCCUCCUACCUUGCCUAUUACGAUCGCUCCGCGCUUACUCUCUGUAUCAACCGUCCUCCCACUCUGUGCUUCCGUGUAAGCGCCUAACCGAACUACUUCGGCAAUUUCCGUCAUUCUCCGUCAUCGUCAUCGUCGACUCAGUCGGACACAUCAGUGAAGUGAUUUGCCAUUCGGAGAUCGACUCUCUUCUUCUUCUCUUGCCAUGCCAACCGCCAGAGGAGAUUCCCCCUCGUCUUUAUUGUCGUCUCGUCCUUCUCCUUCAUAUCGUCAUCGUUUUCUUACUGUUAUUACAACUACAUCUACUAACAUCACCGACAACAGACUUCAGCGAAGCCAAAAAGCGCUACUUUCUAGUGACUUCGUUUGGGAUUGCACUCUUGCUUAGCUUGGGCUUUAUCAAGGACCGUCAUGGCGAUAUUCCCUUGUCCCGAAGCGUGGAAAGUGAAAGUGCCAAAGGACGUUCUUAUAUGGAUGAGGACGACUACAACUUUGGCGACGACUUGCACAUCUCAGCUAAACAACGUCGCAUGUCGAUGUCUCCCCGAUUUGGGGAUCAACCACGAAAACAUCACGGGAACACCUUCCGAAAGGAUUGUCGCAUGGAGACGUGUUUUGAUUUCAAUCGGUGUCACCAAACCGGCAAGUAUGGUGUGUACGUGUACCCGGAGUUGGAACGGGUCUCAAGCACUUACAGCAAGAUCCUUACAGUUAUUCGGGAGUCUAGGUACUACACGGCAGACCCGGCGAAAGCCUGCAUAUUCGUUCUUUCCAUGGACACUCUGGAUAGGGACGUUCUAAGUCGAGAUUUUGUUAAGGACAUACAAAUGAAAUUAGACAAACUAGAAUUAUGGAACAAUGGACGUAAUCACAUCAUUUUCAAUCUCUAUUCGGGUACUUGGCCGGAUUAUGCGGAAGAUUUAGGCUUUAAUAUUGGUGAGGCCAUGCUGGCCAAAGCCAGUAUAUCCCGGGCGAAUUUCCGACCGGGUUUCGACGUGUCCAUCCCGUUAUUUGCAAAGGACCACCCGUUGAAGGGUGGCGAACCGGGUCACCUCCAUGUGGCCUCAAACAGUAUCCCUUCCACCCGACAGUAUAUUCUGUCUUUCAAGGGAAAACGUUACGUUAUUGGUAUUGGAUCUGAGACUCGGAACUCUUUGUACCAUAUUCACAACGGUCGGGACAUCGUUUUGCUUACGACUUGUAAACAUGGAAAAGAUUGGCAAAAUUGGAAAGAUGAAAGGUGUGAAAAAGAUAAUGCCGAGUUUGACAGUGCAUACCUUUUUUUCCCCCCUUUUUUUCUCUCUCUCUCCCUCUCCUUAGAAGACUGUCCGAAUUGGGCAGAAUGA